AUGGCAACCAAUGAAACUGCCGGCACUCCGGCCGAUGGGCAAUUGGGGGGCUCCAAUUCGGCACCUGCUCCCCAUCCCUCGUCUAAGAACAACGGCCACUUUGACGGCCGCAACAAAUCCCGAGGAAAUCGCGGCGGCCGAGAUCGAGGCAACGACAAGCAGAAGCGCAAGCAUUCCGGCUUUGGAAGCGCAAAAGGGGAGGUUCCGAAUAAGCGCGAGCAAGUCCGUAACAAUCGCGAUGCGAAGCGACGGAAGGUCAUUGAGGAGGACAACAAGGGGAACAGCUUCAUGAGCAUCGCCUUUACGCCGGAGGAGAUUGCCGCCGAGGAACGCCGCCCCAAGCGCAAGGUUGCUGUGCUAAUUGGCUAUGCGGGCACGGGAUACCACGGUAUCCAGAUCAACCACAAGGAGAAGACGAUUGAGGGCGACAUUUUUGCUGCGUUUGUCGCUGCCGGGGCCAUCUCGAAGGCCAAUGCCGACGACCCGAAGAAGUCUAGUCUCGUGCGAUGUGCCAGAACCGACAAGGGCGUUCAUGCUGCUGGAAAUGUGCUGUCGCUCAAGUUGAUCGUGGAGGACGAGGACGUGGUCGAUAAGAUUAACGAGCACUUGCCGGAGCAAAUAAGGAUAUGGGGCAUCCAGCGGGCCAGCAACAGCUUCAGUUGUUACCAAGCAUGCGAUUCGCGCUGGUAUGAGUACUUAAUGCCUAGCUACGCUCUGCUUCCGCCGCAGCCUCAUAGCUUCCUAGGGAAGAAGGUUGCCGAGUCGGCGAAAGAGAAUCGGGUCUACGAUGAAUAUGUUGAGCGCCUGGACGAUGUGAAGGGAUUCUGGGAGGAAGUGGAGAAGAACGAUAUCGAACCGAUCCUCGAGCAGUUUGAUCCCGAGGUCAGGGCGGAAGUUCUCCGGAAGCUGCACGACACACAGGAUCAAGAUCUUACUGAGGACGGGGUGCCCACGAAGCUGGAGCCCGAGGUAGUCGGUAAGGAUGCUCAGACAACGGAUGGCAACGGAGACGCCGAAAUGACGGAUGUACAACGACCAUCUGAGACGGCCACCGGAAACGACGCCCCCGUUUCCGACGACGCCACACCGAAAGGCCCCAAACCCGACAAGGACCUCACCCCUACCGAGCUCGCCCUUCGCCGAAUCAAGGCCGCCUACGUCGCCGCAAAACGCCGCUACCGCGUGACCCCCGCGCGCAUCGACAAACUCCAAGAUGCCCUCAACCUCUAUCUCGGAACCCACAACUACCACAACUACACCAUCCUCAAGUCCCACAAAGACCCUUCCGCCAAGCGCCACAUCAAGUCCUUCACCGUCAACCGUACGCCCAUCACCAUCGGCGACACCCAAUGGCUCUCUCUCAAAGUGCACGGCCAGUCCUUCAUGAUGCACCAGAUCCGCAAGAUGGUAGCCAUGGCAGUGAUGGUGGCGCGUUGCGGUGCGCCGCUGUCGACGAUCGAGGAAAGCUACGGGUCAAGACGGAUUAGUAUCCCCAAGGCGCCCGGACUGGGGCUGAUGCUGGAGCGGCCGAUGUUUACCGAGUAUAACAAGAAGGCUGCGGGGAUGGGCAAAGACGCGAUCGACUUUGCGCAGUGGGAGGGGAGGAUUGAGAAGUUCAAGGAUGAGCACAUUUAUCGGCGGAUGUUUGAGUUGGAGGAGAAGGAGAAUUCUUUCCAUCUAUUCUUCAACCAGGUCGAUAAUUUCCGCACCGAUUACUUCCUUUGGGUCACUGCUGGUGGUGCUGAAGCAUCACGCGAGCGUUCGGACCGCACCGAGAAGGUGCCUAAGGCGCUGGAGGCUGAGCUGGGCGAUGAGGCGGAUGGUGUGGUUGAGGAGGGUACGUAA